AUGACAGCUUCUCACUCGAAGACAGCGCUGCUGGUCGCGCUGCUAGUGGCGACGGUGCCCGUUACGUGCCUGGGCACCGUUGACGCAAGUGCGCCACAUCACGGCUACGCGGAGUGUGAUGGCUCAGUGAUGCAGUCGAGCGGCUAUAUCCAAAUUCCCGGCAUCAAUAACACGCUGAAACACUACUUCUUCUGGCUGUUCAGCCCCCGUAGGUGGCCAUCCAGCGGUCACCCGCCGCCAGUGAUCCUGUGGAUGACGGGUGGUCCUGGGUGCAGCUCCAGCAUGGCCUUGCUCACGGAGCUCGGCCCCUGCAUGAUGAACGAGACGUCUGGUGAACUCUACUACAACACCUAUGGGUGGAACGACGAGGCGUACUUGUUGUUCGUGGACCAGCCGACCGGUGUGGGCUACUCGUAUGGCGAUAAGGCCAACUGGGCGCACAAUGAGAGUGAGGUUGCGGAGGACAUGUACAACUUCCUGCAGGGAUUCGCGAGCCGCUUCACGUCACCGGCGAUUACCGGUGCGAACGACCUCUAUAUCAUUGGUGAGAGCUAUGGUGGGCACUAUGUUCCUUCAGUGGCCUACCGUGUCCUCAUGGGCAACCUGCACGGUGAUGGCCCGCACAUCAAUCUUAAGGGCAUCGGCGUCGGCAACGGCCUCACGGACCCGUACACACAGCUCCCCUUCUACGCCGAAACCGCUUACCACUGGUGCAAGGAGAGUCUGGGUGCACCCUGCAUUACCGAGCAGGCGUACGAGGAGAUGCUCUCGCUGCUGCCGGGCUGCUUAGAGAAGACGAAGGAGUGCAACUCAUGGCCUGACGACACAAAUGUGUCGUGCAGCGUGGCCGCCGCGCUCUGUAGUGAGUACACGUGGGGCUACUUCGAGACCAGCCGUAACCGCUACGACAUUCGCAAGCCGUGCCUCGGUGACCUCUGCUACCCGAUGGAGCACACCAUCAAUUUUUACCAGAGCCGGGCCGUACAGGCGUCGCUGGGCGUUAGCGCUGAGGCGCAGUGGACCACGUGCAACAGCGGAGUCACCGAACUCUUCGAGAAGGACUACAUGCGCAACUUUAACUGGACGAUUCCUCCAUUACUGGCCGCCGGGAUCCGUGUGCUGAUCUAUGCCGGUGACAUGGACUAUGCGUGUAACUGGCUGGGCAACAAGGCCUGGGUCAAGGCACUGGAGUGGCCUGGUAAUGCGCAGUUUAACGCCGCGCCGGAUGUUGAGUUCGCUGUCAACGGUCGCUGGGCUGGCCAGGAGCGCAAGUACGCUAACUUUAGCUUUGUGCGCGUCUACGAAGCUGGCCACCUACUGCCGAUGGAUCAGCCGGAGGUGGCGCUGUACAUGGUGAACCGCUUCCUGAACGACAAGAGUUUGCUGUAA